AUCUUUAGACACUUACAGAACUCACCGAACUCCGACAUACAGUAUCUCUAUCAGCUCAGAGUCUCCAGUCUCUCAGAGAACCCAUAUAAAUCUAUAGCUCUCUGUUCACACCUCAUCUAUAUCAACCCACCAUGCCAAUCUGCGCAGGAGAAGGUUUUGUAUAUGUAUAGUGGCCAAGCCAUUCUUUGUUUGCUUGUUGCAAUUUCUGAUCUUUGAUGGCGGAAUUGGUUGGUCCGAGGUUAUACAGCUGCUGCAAUUGCCGAAACCAUGUUGCUCUUCAUGAUGAUAUCGUUUCCAAAGCCUUUCAGGGAAGAAAUGGUCGAGCCUUUCUCUUCUCACAUGCAAUGAAUAUUACAGUCGGUCCUAAGGAAGACCGGCCCCUCAUAACUGGUCUGCACACUGUCGUGGACGUCUACUGCUGGGACUGCCAUGAAGUGCUGGGCUGGAAAUAUGAACGAGCCUUUGAGGAAACACAAAAAUACAAGGAAGGGAAGUUCAUACUAGAGAAAUCAAAAAUAGUAAUGGAAAACUGGUAGUCUGUGCAAGUAUCUAGUUAUCUGUCUCGCUGUCUGCCUGCAACUGUAAGUUUAAGGGUGCCUCUUUUCAUAUUGUUUCAAAACUUUAUAUCAAUUGAAAAUAUUCAAUUAUUGUUUUUCACUGUGCACCCAUCCCUUAUUUUUUCUGUGAAUAUUGUAUUGAGAAUUAUUGAUACUACAUUGUGAAUAAAUUUCUAUAAUAAAGUUUGUGAAUCAUUCAAUAAACUG